AUGAUGAACGCACAUGCAAUUCUUGGCAUAAUAUUCGACAUUAUGCUCAUGGGUUUGCCUAUAUGGGUCAUCUACAAGAAGAUGUUGUGGUCGAGGAAGACAUUCCAAGUCAUUGCCGUUUUCAGUGUUGGUAUUUUCGUUGUUGUCACGGGUAUCAUUCGCUUGUACUACAUCCAGACAAUGGACUGGGCCGUUGACUCUACCUUCAAAAUGGCAACCAUUGGCGUUUGGACGGACCUGGAGUCUCACGUCGGCUUCUGGUGCGGUUGCUUCCCAUCGUUGCAGCCCAUCAUCCGAAUCGUUGCCUUCAAGCUCGGCUUACGAAGCGCUCUCAGCAGCUAUCCCACGAGAGGACCCAAGAGCGCCAGCAAGGGGGUUACCUCUUCAGCCGGGGCGAUGCGUUCGAAGAGCGGUUAUCUACGAAACGGCAGCGGGGUCGAUGUUGAUGCGGAUAUCAGCGACGGCAAUAACAGCCAGGUUGGCAUUGUGCCGAGUCCGAAUGACUAUGAGUUGGGAAAAUACGGGGAGAUUCGAAAAGAGACAACAGUCACUAUACAAGUCAACGAGCAGGAUCCGAAACGCAGCAAGAGGGAAGAGAGCUGGGCAGAUGUCUAA